AUGGACACUGUCGUGGAACUCGAACGGCAACGCGUCUGUCGUGUGAUGAGCGGAAGGAAAGGGCGAUUUACGGUGGAGAAUCUGAAUCACGUGCGUUGUGCCAUCAUUUCGGAUAAUGAAAAUCUUGGCCUUUUGGAAAAGGCCACGACGUCCGUCCACUACGAUGACAACUCGAAAACGGCGAUGGCCAGGCUGACGUUGAACAUGAAAGAGACGCAGAAGAAGAGCCUCGAGGCCAACUAUAUGAUGGAUGUUGUUGAGAUAGACUCACAAGAUUGGAUCUGCCCAGUGAUUCUGCUCGCAUACCGUACUCCAAACAUCGGACCUAUGCCGUAUGAAGUUAUGAAGCAGUUGAAGGAAUUAUCAAAGAACUCGAAAGUUUUUAGAUGUAUGGAAUCUACUGGUCUGGGAAGGACUCUUCUCCGACACUGCUUUGCGGUGGCACUCAUGGCCGCUCGUCCUUUUCUGGCUACAACCAGAGCCGAGAACGACGUUUGUAUCAAAGACGGGCUGGAAAAGCGACGGGAGAAUCCGCCGCGCAUGCCCUCCAUGGAAGAGAAAAUACCCAGUAUCGAAACACUCCAAAAUAAGUCUCCGUUCAGGAAGUCAUGCAGAAUUCAAUAA